AUGUCGCCAAAGAAAAAAAGGCAGAAACAGAAGGAAACAGCAAUGCAAUCGAUCGAGAUAGCAAUGCAAUCGAUGGAGACAGCAAUGCAAUCGAUGGAGACAGCAAUGCAAUCGACGGAGACAGAAAUGCAAUCGACGGAAACAGCAAUGCAAUCGAUGGAGACUAUGCUAACGAUUUCAUGGAGGUUUUCUUAUACCGUGGCGCGCACCUUGAAACGGCAAGACUGUAAUUUCACAUGGAAUGUAAUUGAAAAGGGUUAUAACAAAUCAGCGCCUGGGCAAGAAUAUGAAAUUUCAUAUGCCAUAAUCAAACAGGCGAGGACUUUUUUAAAAAGACGCAUUUUGAAAACACCUUGCUUCCAGAGCGAACGCAUACUCGACAGAAAUGAUUUCAAUAUUUAUCUGAAGAAGGAACUUUAUCAAGUUACCGAUAGCAUCAAAGCACGCGGCGUGAUUUACAGUUUACUACACCUAUCAAAAGAGCAGAAAUGCAAAGGUGUCAUAACAAUCUCAACGGGCAGCUUUGCAUUUAUUCUCUGUCAUUAUACACAUCGAUAUAACAUACCGAUAACGGUGGUGUUGCCGACAACAACGAUAGAAGAAAAAAUCAAGAUCUGUCAAAGAUAUCCAUUAUCACGAGUGAUUGUCAGAGGUGAUACUUUACUAGAAGCUCAUCGUACCGCUUUAGAUAUCGCCAUGAGAGAAGACUUAUUUUAUUUUGAUGGGAACGAUCAUCCAAACAUGCUUAUUGGUCAAGCCACCUUGGGCAUAGAAAUCAUGGAACAACAAAUUGAUGUGGUACUUUUGCCAACGGCAAUUGAAGGUUGCGGAUUAACAACAGCUAUUGCAAUAGCUAUUAAAGGGUGCAAUUCAAAAAUAACAGUUAUUGAAGUUCGUGGUACAAAUUCUGAUUUAUUCCAAGAGGUGAAAAAACAAACGGAUUCACCUAAAGAAUUGAAUAUUCCUACGAAAGAGUAUGUAGCAUGUCCUUUAAGAAAUAUGCCGCAUUGCGUGAUCGACAGGUUUAUUUCGGUAACUCCAGAAUUGAUUCAUUCUGCAUCCAUACAACUGCACAAAUCUGAAUGUUACUAUGAUUGUUAUGGAGCAAUUGCUUUAGCUGCAAUUUUAUCUGGUCAGCUUGAUGAUCUACAGGGAAAAAGGUGA